AAGCAGGGACGCCAAUCAAAGGAGGACAUCAAUUCAACUUAUAAGAUUAUGAGGAGGAUAGAAGCAGAAGAGCUUUCCCUUGAUGCUGCAGAAGUUGUUAUUACAAGUACAAAACAAGAGAUCGACGAGCAAUGGGGACUUUAUGAUGGGUUUGAUGUCAAACUUGAGAAAGUGUUGCGUGCUCGUGCUAGGCGAGGAGUAAAUUGCCAUGGCCGUUACAUGCCGAGGAUGGUGGUUAUACCUCCGGGCAUGGACUUCAGUAAUGUUGUGGUCCAAGAAGAUGCUCCCGAGGUUGAUGGGGAACUUACUCAACUUACUGGUGGUACCGAUGGGUCUUCCCCAAAAGCACUUCCAACAAUAUGGUCAGAACUGAUGCGGUUCCUUACAAAUCCUCACAAGCCAAUGAUCUUGGCAUUGUCAAGACCAGAUCCAAAGAAGAACUUAACCACUCUUUUGAAAGCCUUUGGAGAAUGCCGUCCUCUGAGAGACCUAGCUAAUCUUACGCUGAUAAUGGGGAAUAGGGACUAUAUAGAUGAGAUGUCUGCUGGAAAUGCUAGUGUGCUUACCACGGUGUUGAAACUGAUUGAUAAGUAUGACCUUUAUGGGCAAGUGGCCUAUCCAAAGCAUCACAAGCAAUCAGAUGUUCCA